UGCCGGCGGGGCGAGAGCUCAGCGCCCAUGGGUCGCAGAGGGGCAGGCGAUGAUGGCGGCGGCGGUGGGGUGUCACCCCACGGCUCCCCUAGGCGGAGGACGGGAACUCCCCAGGGUAAAGGUCUGUUUUCAAAUAUCUGGUUCUGGCGAGGUGUUGCUGGUUUGCUUGUUGUUGCUACAGUUUUGAUUUUGUGUAUUCAGUUUGCAGUAAACAGUUCUUCGGAGAAGGAUUUUGCUGGCUGUCCUUCCCUGGAACUCUGUCCAACAGAUUGGCUCUAUUUCCAAAGGAAAUGCUACUACCUCUCAGAGAGUGAAGCCAACUGGAACUCCAGUCAAAACUUCUGCUCAUUACACAAUGCUUCCCUCCUUGUGAUUGAAAAUCAUCAGGAACUGAAUUUUAUGGUGAAGAUAACAAAGCAAGAUCCAUGGAUUGGACUUUAUAAAAGAAAUGACGAAUUCUUCUGGAUUAAUGGGAAUGCAUUAGAUAAUAAACUGAUCAAAGUAAAGGGCUCUGGAAACUGUGCCUAUCUUGAAUCAAAAGGAGUCUCAGCCUCUGGAUGUUCUUUAACCAGGAAGUGGGUCUGUAGCUUGAGUACCAGCUUAGCACGAUAGAGGUGGGGAAAGCCACCACCUCUGCCACUUAGAGGUCAAUAUGUAAUCUACAUUAUACUCUGGAACCUGAGAAUGUUUCUCAGCUCCUGCCUAGAGGUGAAUAUCUUUUCUGGUAGCCAGAAUUCUCCAUCCAUGGAAAAGCUCUAUUUUUCCACUAUGUCAUUUAUGUGAAUUGUUUCAGGGUCUUCAUAAGCUUUCGUGCCCAGUUUUUCUAGCUACUGCUCAGCUUUUUGUUUCUUUUCUCCAUAUCACCAGUAUUUCUUCCAUUAACUCUUUUCUUGUGGGAUCCUAAGCAGUUGGUCUUUGUUUUCCUUUUUGAUGUGUACUUGAAGAUAGUUGUAUUGUCUUUCCCUUAGCCAGGCUCUGUGUACAGGUGUGUGUUGUCUGCCUGUGUCUCUCAGUGCAUAAGCCAGGAAUUAGUACUGCUAUUUUAGACAGGAUCACUGUGAAUUUCACUUUGUCAGUUUGAUGGAGUGCAUCUUGCUGCGCAGCUGUGUGCUGCAUUAUAUGUUUUGUUACUCUUUUGCAUUAAUCUUGUUAAAUUAGCUUGGCUUGGUGCCAGUGGCAAAAUAAUAAAUAGAGAAUAAGAGAAUUAAUAGCAAAGGAUGUUUCAUGAUUACCUCAUGUCUUAUGCUUCUUGGAGUGUGAGAUUUGCAAACAAUGGUUAGUUUCUGGCUGAACAAUCUGUUUUUUUUGUUCCUUGCACAUACCAUUUUUAAUAGCAACAUCCAGUGCUUUUGAACAGAUAUGAGCCUGAACAGAACUAGGGCACAGUUCCACUGAAUUCUGUCCACUCAUAUGCAGCAGGUAAGCUGCAAACAAAAAGGGAAGUUUGUCAAGAGGAAGCAAAACAAUUUAUUUUCAUAGAGGGGCUGGAAUAUUCAUGCUGUUCUAGAGAAGAAAGGAUCAGAAAUUCUCGUGUGUAAGGGGCCAAAAUCCUUUCUGCUCAGAAUAAAAUCUGAAAACACUGGAGUUUGUUUAUUCUAUCAGAGAUUCUUAAAAUCAAUAACCACUAUAGAUCACCCCAGCAGUAGAAGUUAUGAAUGUAUUUUGUUAAGAAAUAUGGGACAAUUCCUCAUGUGGCAGAAAUCAGUGUUGCUUAGCUGAUUCCAAUGGAAGAAUACCACUUCGCAGAAGUUAAGGAUGUACUUCACUGUUGUGAUUCCCUUCUGCCCAUCUGUUAAGGUGUGCAUAAUUGGUCUUGUCAUCUGAAAUGCUGUAAAGUGGACUACAAACUACAUGGAGCUUUAAAAGAAGCAAGAUUUUUUGAGUAGCCACUAGAGUGCACUGUUGGUUCAGGGAAGGGAAGGUGUUUUCUUGUUCAAGAACGUGAAAUGGCACCAUUUUUGACAAGUUAUUUGCUUUUUUUUUUUUUUUUUUUUUUUUUUUCCUUUUGGUAAUUAUUUUUGCCUUCACUACUGCUUUGUGCAAAUUCAAUUGCUGUCUGGUUUUGUCACUGUAUUUGUAUUGUUACGCUUUAUUUUCUGUGUUAUUUUCUGUGGCAAUAGGACUUUAACACAACAGGACCAUGCAGUAUGGAUGUUGUAAUAACUUGUGUCUUUCAGAUGUUAUUUUAUAUAUGAUCACAGAUUUUGCUAUACUACACUUUACUCUUAUUGCUUUUGUCUUUACAUGCACAAUAACAGGACUCUACAGUAUGAAUAACCUUAAUAACCUUAUGUUAAUUUAUAUGUAACUAGUAAUUUUCUUGUCCUGCAGACUUCUAAAAAUAAUUAACUCUAAAGGAUAUGAAAUGUGUAAUAGUCAUGAGAAGGUAGCUAAUAAAUAACAGAGCUUCUGAGUUCAGCAGUGCAUGUGCUAAUAUUAUGCCAGUGUCCGUUUUUCAGCUCAGACACUAUUUAAAAAAAGGAAAUAAAAAGUACACUGACACAAAAUAACAUUUUUCAGAUUUUCAAUAUGAAAAGAUCUUUAAAAAUAAUGUU